AUGGCAAAGUUGAACACUUCCUUCUGGGAGCACACGGAAGGCAUCAGGCCGGAUUUACUCUGCGGAAGGUCGGCUGACUACAUGUUUGCUAGGGGGCACUUUAUAGUGCUCGCCUGUGCCACCAUUGUUUUGGGAGGAUUUUUGAGGGCCUUUUUAAAGAGUUCGGAAGUCAUCGUCUUGACGGUCCUCUCUCUCACCGGAUUUGUAGUCGGACAGCUGGCCUAUGGUUUUAUUGAGGUGUACCAGGUUGUCUACCCUCUUCUAAGAACAUCGAGUUUUUCACUUUAUUGUUAUGUUUCACCUUUAAUUAUAUUUUUGGCGGCCUUGGAUGUGGACUUUUAUAUCCUCAAGAACGUGCUUUGGCAGGUCUUACUCACUGGAUUAAUUAGCUUCUCUGUAACGUUCCUCAUCGUUGGACUCGUGGUUAUGAAGUUCAAUAAGGAGUCGUGGGACCUGCAGUCCUGCCUGCUCUUCAGCAUGGCCAUCGGCAUCACAGACCCCAUCCACUCUGUGAACUCACUGAAAACCAUCGGCAUUUCCAAGAUGUAUACAGAUAUCAUUCGAGGAGAAUCCAUGAUCAUCUGCAGCAUCACAAGCAUUUUUUUUGGAAUUCUUCGGAGCAACUUACCUCACAUGUUCAUGUAUAGGGAGUUCCACGUACUCAUGGACUUCUCCCUGAGCAUUCUGGGAAGCAUCAUCAUUGGAUAUUGGUGUUCAAGGAUCAUUGAGUUUAUACUGACUGACCUGUUCAGCAACACGCUGACGAGUAUCAUUCUUUGCAUUUCAAUGGUGUACUUAGUUUUCUACAUCGUGGAAUUUUUGAAACUAUCAGGUAUGAUUGCUUUAAUCACUGUAGGAAUGAAUCUAGAUUCCUUAAGCUUUAAACCGAGGAUGGAGUUAACAAUUACUAAGUUCCUCACCAUGUUUACAUCUGUAUUCCAACACUUGGUAUACACGUUCUUUGGCAUUAUAAUUGGAUGCGGAAAACUCAACUAUUUUAGUGUUCACAUUGUAACUUUCACGUUGAUCUUAUUUAUAACGCUGAAUUUUGUAAGAUUGUUUACUGUUGUGUUAGUGAGCCCUAUUCUGAAGCACUCGAGUUACAAAUAUAACUGGAAGUGGGGAGUUGUGAUAGCAUGGUCUGGAAUUAGAGGCGUUUUUAACUUGCUCUUGGCUCCUGAAAUUUAUAAUGUGGCUGAAAAGAAAAUACAGUCGCCACAAAUGUUUGUAUUGUAUGUACAACUAAUAUCGUUAAUGACUAUGGGAAUAAACUCAAGCAUGAUGACUUAUUUAGCCAGGAAAUUAGGAAUGUGUGUUAUUUCUCUGCCAAGACAAAUGGCCAUGCAAAAUGCCAUUAACCACAUACAGGAGAUAAUACAGAACACAAUAACUUUAUUUAAAACAGAGAAAAUUUUGACAAAUGUUAACUGGACCUUAGUAGAAGAAAAAACGAGGAUUAAAUACAGCAUUCCUUUUCACCACGAAACGGAGCAGGAGUCCCCUACAGAUGAAGUUUUAAUAGAAGAAGCCAGAUUACAUGUGGCUAUAAUACAAAUGAGCAGUUUUGAAAAACAGUGUCAAGAUGGAAUCCUUGAUGUAAAAGCAGCCCGGAUAUUAAUCGGUGCAACCAAAAGCUAUUGCACCACCCAAGGAAAAUUCAUGAGUAUUCAAGAUGUUUCAGCUUAUAUAAAAGCUAGAAGUUGGCUUAUGAAGUUUAAAAACAUUUUAACUGUCUUGGAAUAUCAUAAAGAUAAGACAUGCUUUAUUCCAUAUGGGAAAAAUAAAUUUCGGAGACUUGCAUAUCACAUUGUAUUUUCAGAAGAAUUUGAAUAUGCAGGACAUAUUAUAUCAUUAAUAUACAUUUACCCUAUGAUAAUUCAUCUAUGGCCAAUAGUGAGAGAGUUAAAUGUGUCGGCACUAAUAUUAGUAAACUACUAUUUUAUAUUUUUAUAUAUAUUACAGUCAGCAUUGAAGAUAAUAAUUUUGAAAAGGAAAUAUUUUCACCAACACUGGAACACUCUGGAAUUUUUUAUCUUGCUCCUUGGAAUUGUUGAUAUCCUUUGUAUAUACUUCGUCAAAUUGAGACCAGACGACGUGGUUCUUAUUCAGAUUACAGUCGUAAUCGGCUAUUUAAGAAUAAUUAGAUUUAUUCCCCUCAUCAAGAUAAUAAUACCACUACUGAUAAAUAUUGCGGAUGUGCAGAUCAAAAAGCGCCUCAGCCUGAUGUAUAGCAUCACCAAAGGCUACGUCAAAAGUCAAGAGGACGCCAAAUUUUUAGUCAAACAAAUUUCUGGCCGAGAAUCAAUAUAUCAGAAAUUAUAUGAAAUUUUGGAAACCAACAAACGGGAGGCUGUCAAAGAACUAGGGCUCAUAGAGCACGAGGGGCGCGAUGUUGUCAUCGCUCUGAAGACCAGGCAGGCCAUCCGGACCGUGAUCGCUAAGUCUCUGAAGCACCUCUCCUUCCUUUGGUCAAGAGGCAUCAUCGACAAACACGAGGGCGUCGAGAUACAUAAGGUACUUCUUUCAAAAAUAAAAGCACUGAACAACUUUCCUAUGGCAAUCCCGCCUCCUACUCCUGACAAAUAUCUUCAUAAGAUUGUUUGGCUGGAAAAUAAAGAUGUUCUCAUUAAGUUCUUCAAGGAAAGAGCCAAACUUGCCUAUUUUGACUAUGGAGAUGUCAUUUGUAAAGAAGGUGAAAUGCCACAAGGAAUCUACCUAAUCAUUUCAGGAAUGGCGAUUCUGCACAGUUCGCCGCCGACCUUUGGGAUCGACAGUAGCCUUCAGUCGCACCGAGAGUCCCAAACCCUGUUCACAGAGUACUACACCUGUGGGGACAUCAUCGGCGAGCUGAGCUGCCUGCUGAAGCGUGAAAUUGAAUACACCGCCAUCUGUGAAACUAUCUUGCAGGCCUGCUUCAUCUCCCUGGAGGACUUAUACGAAGGCUUCGAUGUCUUCUGGCCAUCCCUGGAGUACAAAAUAUGGCUAAAGCUUGCUCUCAGUACUGCCGAGCAGUAUUUUGAAUCCGCUCUCAUCGAUGAGGACUUAACAUUUCAAAAAUGUGUGGCGCUCAAUGUGGCGUACGUGGAGACUUUAUCCAGCUGUAACGAAAUGGCCAUUGACUAUGCCACCAUGAAGUUCGUGAUCGUCGUGUACGGCAGUGUGAUCGACACAAAGACAGAGGUGCAGUAUCUCGCACCUUGCAUCUUACCUAAAACCUGUGAGCAGAUUCAGGGAACUUCAGACUUAAGCAAGCUUCUGGUUGUCCAACCAUCUGAAACUGUCAAGCACAGUAGCUCCAAGGUCAUGGGUAAGGGGGAGCCCUUUGGUGGUAGGAAAACCAUUGGGAAGGAAUUUCGAUAA